GCGGACAGGAACCGGGGCGCCGAGGAGCGUCAUGACGUCAUUAAUACGUUCUGUGCUGUGCUGCCCUCUAGCGGUCACCUCCCGUUCCGCUGGUGGUUUGCUGCAGGCCGCUCUGCAGCCGGAUUUUCUCCUCAGCAUCCUCAGAUGGACUUUCUUUUCCGUGUGUCCCAGAAUUACACACGAAAAGUGUUUUGAACUGAAACUCACCGGAUCGUCCAUAUUUCCUCCCAAGGCAUCCGUCAGCUUCCAGACAGAGCCCGCAUCGCCACUCUCCAAACGGUGAGACAUGCUGGCCCGGAAAGGUCUUCUGCCGGACGGCUUCGUGCUGACCCGUCUGGCGGAGAAUGCUGAGCAGCCCAACCGCUUCAGGUCCAAAUCUCAGCGUGCUCGAUUCAUAACCAAGAGCGGUUCUUGUAAUGUAGCCCACAAGAACAUCAGAGAGCAGGGUCGAUUUCUUCAGGAUGUUUUUACCACCAUGGUGGACCUGAAAUGGCAACACUCCCUCCUCAUCUUCACCUCCGCCUUUCUCUGCUCCUGGAUGCUUUUUGCGAUGGUAUGGUGGCUCCUGGCCUUUGCCCAUGGGGACCUGGAACCCCGUGAUCCCAGCGCUGACCCUGCCAUUGUUCCCUGUGUUACUGCUAUUCACUCCUUCACCUCAGCCUUCCUCUUCUCCAUCGAGGUCCAGGUCACCAUCGGGUUUGGAGGUCGGAUGGUGACGGAGGAGUGUCCGCUCGCCAUCACCGUGUUAAUUAUCCAGAACAUCCUGGGUCUCAUCAUCAAUGCCGUCAUGCUGGGCUGUGUGUUCAUGAAGACGGCUCAGGCCAACCGCCGGGCUGAGACGCUCAUCUUCUCCAGAAACGCUGUCAUCGCACCACGGAACAGCCGACCCACCUUCAUGUUCCGCAUCGGGGACCUGAGGAAGAGUAUGAUCAUCUCUGCCACCAUUCAGCUGCAGGUGAUCCGCAGGACGGUGACAGCAGAAGGUGAAGUGAUCCCAGUGUGUCAGCUGGAUAUUCAGGUGGAGAAUCCUCUGAGGAGUAAUGGGAUCUUCCUGGUUUCUCCUCUCAUCAUCAGCCACACUAUUGAGAGAGGAAGUCCUCUCUACGAGCUCUCCGCCCACUCACUGGCCACCGAAGACCUGGAGGUCAUCGUCAUCCUCGAAGGUGUGGUGGAGACCACAGGGAUCACCAUGCAGGCCCGGACCUCCUACACCCCGGAAGAAAUCCUGUGGGGUCAACGGUUCGUCUCCAUCAUGACAGAGGAGGAUGGACAUUACUCGGUGGACUAUUCUAAAUUUGGGAACACAGUUCCUGUCCGCAUGUCCUCGCUAAGUGCCAAAGAGCUUGACCAGACCAGGGGUGUACAGGAUGGGGGUGUGGCUGAGAGCCAGCUACUGGGAUGGGGAUUGGUCCGAGCUGGCAGAGGCGGUUUCCGUAGAGGGGGCAGGGCCUGUGAUGGCUUCGCCUCCCAGCCCUGGUAUGCUCCAUCAGAGAGAGAGCUGCUGAAGCCAAUGGAGGAGAAUGGGCAGAAGAAGAAGGUGCAGCUGGAGGUGAUUGGACGAUAAACGGAAGAGGAGGGGCUUUGAGAAACAAGUGACUAAACAUCCAGGGAGUGUCUAAAUACAUGUGAUUAGGCAAUUUAUUUUGUCUUCUCUUGAACUACUGUGAAACCUUUAAGUUUUUAAAUGUCUCUUUCUGUAGAUUCUGAGGUUGAACUGGUUCCUAAGCAUUCCACUGCCACG